AUGCAUCAGACUUCACAUGCAAGCAAGAAGCGAGGGACAGUCGAUGACAGGACUUCUUGGAAAACAGUCCCCAAAUAUUUAUCACCAAUGGGGAAGACUGGAGACAGGGUUUUCUCUCCACCCAAAUCCAGUAAUAUUCUGGAUUAUUUUAGAAAGACUUUACCCACAAAUGAGAAAACUCAGACAGCAAAAAAGUACACGAUAAAGUCAUCCACACCAUUGCCUGCUGACAGUGACAAAGACUGUAAAACACCUUUGGAAAUGUCCUCAAAUACAGAGAAUAAGAAGAGAGGAAAGAGACUUAAUUUAUCUCAUCAACUAAGUCAUAUUAAAACUGAAAAUGAAUCUGCAAUUGAAAUUAACAGUGAUGAUAGCAAGGAAGACUCCAGUUUAAGUAACAAUUUUGUGGAAAGUAGUACUUCUGCUUUACUCUAUAAGAAACAUGUCGAGGUACUUGCAGAAAGUAUUCAAGAUACCAAAAAACAAUCAAGCACUAUGACCUCCAAAGAAAGUUCUAAGAAAGUAAGUCCUAAACAAGAGCCCUCAAAAACUGAUCUCAGCAAAUUGAGGAAAAGGAAUCACAGAGAGAUAAUAGAUCUAUCUGAAAGUUUACCCUUAGCAGAGGAACUAAAUCUCCUUAAAAGAGAUGGUAAUGAUAGUAAACAGAUAAUGCCUUCCCUAACUAACGAAAUUGAAAAUACUGCAAAUGAUGCAGAAUCUAGAGAUAAUCUAACUAAAACAGCCCAGUUAAAUGAUAGUACAAUAACUGUCUCAUAUGAGGAAUUUUUAAAAAGUCACAACGAAAGUAAAGUAGAACAGGCACCAGACUCUACAGUGUCUAUUUGUAUUCCUUCUGAAACUGUUGACGAUGCAGCCAAAAGUGGUUGUAUGACUGACCCAGAAACCUAUGAGAUUUCCCAACAGGUCCGCUUUAAGACAGUCACUGUUGUUGCACAAGUUCACCCCAUCCCCCAAGAAAAGACAGGGCAAAUACCCUCAACUUUCUUGAAACAAAAGCAGGUGGAAAUGGAAAAUAGUCUGUCUCAUCCUAAGAAUGAACAGACGAUUCAGAAAAGAAGAUCUAAUGUCGUUAUAUAUGAGGAAGAACUAGAAUUGGCAGUGUUGGAAGCUGGAGGUUCUGAAGCUGUGAAACCAAGAUGCACUCUAGAAGAAAGACAGCAGUUUAUGAAAGCAUUUAGGCAGCCAACAUCAGAUGCACUUAAACAUGGAGUCAAAAAGUCUUCUGAUAAGCAGAAAGAGCUCAAUGAAAAAUCUUUAAAUGAGGAAGGAAGAGACAAUAAUUCUAAAAACAUGGAAAAUCCUAAUAUCCAAAUGGUUUCAAAUAAUGGCAAUUCACAGACACAUGCUGAUAAAGGAGGUUUUCCUAAGGAGAAAAGUAAAAAGCUGAAGAAAAAGAAUAAAAAAAUCUUAGAUACUGGUGCUAUUCCAGGUGAAAAUAGAGAGAGAAAUAGUCAAGAGAAAGAAUCAACUUUUUCCUUUAAAGAGAAACAAAAUCAAAAAUGGCUUAGAAGGAUUUUAAGACAAAAGAAAACAGACGUUUUCAAAAACGGCACAUUACUUAACAGCAAAAACCUUGUUUGUGAAGGUGCAGCCGAUGAUGACCCUCCAAAAAUUUCCUCUCCGUGUAGCAAUAAGUCUCCAAGAAAAACUGGCAUACCAGUUAAGGAUAAGGUUAUACACUCUAAAGCUGAGACUGAAGACAGCUCAGUAUAUGUUUCUACACCAAAAUGAAGCAGAAGAUGUGUAAGAAGUAGCAGCACACCUGCUACAGUCAUCGUUAGAGGUACUGAUUCUGAAGACGCACAAGACGAUAGUCCAGUAAAAGCUUCCACUCCAAAAGCAGCGAACUUAUCAGGGAAGCGUAGCUUAUAUACGGCGGAAUUAAUAACAGUAUCCUCUGAUUCGGAGAGUCGUAUUAGAAUGAAAUUCACCAGAAUUAGGACUCCCAAAAAAUCUAAGAAAAGGUCUAAGAAAUCUGAAGCAGCUGAUGAAGAUUUUGAGUCUCCGACUAGAAAGGCAAGCAAGAAGCGAGGGACAGUCGAUGACAGGACUUCUUGGAAAACAGUCCCCAAAUAUUUAUCACCAAUGGGGAAGACUGGAGACAGGGUUUUCUCUCCACCCAAAUCCAGUAAUAUUCUGGAUUAUUUUAGAAAGACUUUACCCACAAAUGAGAAAACUCAGACAGCAAAAAAGUACACGAUAAAGUCAUCCACACCGUUGCCUGCUGACCGUGACAAAGACUGUAAAACACCUUUGGAAAUGUCCUCAAAUACAGAGAAUAAGAAGAGAGGAAAGAGACUUAAUUUAUCUCAUCAACUAAGUCAUAUUAAAACUGAAAAUGAAUCUGCAAUUGAAAUUAACAGUGAUGAUAGCAAGGAAGACUCCAGUUUAAGUAACAAUUUUGUGGAAAGUAGUACUUCUGCUUUACUCUAUAAGAAACAUGUCGAGGUACUUGCAGAAAGUAUUCAAGAUACCAAAAAACAAUCAAGCACUAUGACCUCCAAAGAAAGUUCUAAGAAAGUAAGUCCUAAACAAGAGCCCUCAAAAACUGAUCUCAGCAAAUUGAGGAAAAGGAAUCACAGAGAGAUAAUAGAUCCAUCUGAAAGUUUACCCUUAGCAGAGGAACUAAAUCUCCUUAAAAGAGAUGGUAAUGAUAGUAAACAGAUAAUGCCUUCCCUAACUAACGAAAUUGAAAAUACUGCAAAUGAUGCAGAAUCUAGAGAUAAUCUAACUAAAACAGCCCAGUUAAAUGAUAGUACAAUAACUGUCUCAUAUGAGGAAUUUUUAAAAAGUCACAACGAAAGUAAAGUAGAACAGGCACCAGACUCUACAGUGUCUAUUUGUAUUCCUUCUGAAACUGUUGACGAUGCAGCCAAAAGUGGUUGUAUGACUGACCCAGAAACCUAUGAGAUUUCCCAACAGGUCCGCUUUAAGACAGUCACUGUUGUUGCACAAGUUCACCCCAUCCCCCAAGAAAAGACAGGGCAAAUACCCUCAACUUUCUUGAAACAAAAGCAGGUGGAAAUGGAAAAUAGUCUGUCUCAUCCUAAGAAUGAACAGACGAUUCAGAAAAGAAGAUCUAAUGUCGUUAUAUAUGAGGAAGAACUAGAAUUGGCAGUGUUGGAAGCUGGAGGUUCUGAAGCUGUGAAACCAAGAUGCACUCUAGAAGAAAGACAGCAGUUUAUGAAAGCAUUUAGGCAGCCAACAUCAGAUGCACUUAAACAUGGAGUCAAAAAGUCUUCUGAUAAGCAGAAAGAGCUCAAUGAAAAAUCUUUAAAUGAGGAAGGAAGAGACAAUAAUUCUAAAAACAUGGAAAAUCCUAAUAUCCAAAUGGUUUCAAAUAAUGGCAAUUCACAGACACAUGCUGAUAAAGGAGGUUUUCCUAAGGAGAAAAGUAAAAAGCUGAAGAAAAAGAAUAAAAAAAUCUUAGAUACUGGUGCUAUUCCAGGUGAAAAUAGAGAGAGAAAUAGUCAAGAGAAAGAAUCAACUUUUUCCUUUAAAGAGAAACAAAAUCAAAAAUGGCUUAGAAGGAUUUUAAGACAAAAGAAAACAGACGUUUUCAAAAACGGCACAUUACUUAACAGCAAAAACCUUGUUUGUGAAGGUGCAGCCGAUGAUGACCCUCCAAAAAUUUCCUCUCCGUGUAGCAAUAAGUCUCCAAGAAAAACUGGCAUACCAGUUAAGGAUAAGGUUAUACACUCUAAAGCUGAGACUGAAGACAGCUCAGUAUAUGUUUCUACACCAAAAUGAAGCAGAAGAUGUGUAAGAAGUAGCAGCACACCUGCUACAGUCAUCGUUAGAGGUACUGAUUCUGAAGACGCACAAGACGAUAGUCCAGUAAAAGCUUCCACUCCAAAAGCAGCGAACUUAUCAGGGAAGCGUAGCUUAUAUACGGCGGAAUUAAUAACAGUAUCCUCUGAUUCGGAGAGUCGUAUUAGAAUGAAAUUCACCAGAAUUAGGACUCCCAAAAAAUCUAAGAAAAGGUCUAAGAAAUCUGAAGCAGCUGAUGAAGAUUUUGAGUCUCCGACUAGAAAGGUUCAUCAGCCUGUCAGAAAUUUUGC